GCUGUGAGCUAACAUCCGGGUCAUGCGUCGCAUAGCGGAAGCGUCUUUCUGCGGCUGCGCAGUUCUACUAUGGAUGUUUUCAGUUGGACCAUGUUGUUUCAGAGAUCUGACUUUAAGCUAAGACAACUGCAUGUUUAGAGAGUUUUCAGGUAAACAGAUUGCACUUUUAUUUACCUGCACGCUACGACCAUCAACGUGAUUAUGAACAAAGGGUCUGCGGUUCUGCAGGGAGCUUUCCUGCUGGCAGACAAACUAUGUCGCCCCUCAUCUCUAUCCUGCGUGAACAAAUCCGACUGGAGCGCGGCGGGACAUCCGAUUCUGCAGGCGCUCCAGGAAGUUUGUGAACUGGAGGGAGUUGACAGCCGUCAACGCUCGAGCUGGACAAAGACGGUGGUCUGUGCUGUGUGGCUGAAGCUCUUGAGCGUUAAGGAGGACAUUGAGAGAGCGUGGAGAGAGAACCCCUUCUUCUCCUUCCAGCAGAGUCUCCCUGAAGUGAACCAUGUCGUCCUGCUGGAGCUGGUGAAGAAUGCUUCAGCUUCAGAUGUUUAUGCAGGUUUUCUCCUUCAUCUUCCUGAAGAUUUGAUUUGCAUGGAGCUGAAGAGGCUGAUCGAGCAUGUGAAGAGCGAGCCCGCAAGAGAAGACGAUGUCUGCUUCUUUCUGGAGGUGUGGCGAGAGCUGUGGAAAGGCCAGGAGAAAGCCAUGGUUAGAAACGACGAGAGCAUGGAGACAAUGUUUGCCAAGCAGGUUGCUCGUCUCACCCCCUCGUCUUCUAGUUUGUGUCCUCAAUCUGCUAAGAGGUUAAAGCUAGAGACACAAGACCCACCAGAGGCUGAUGUUCUCCACAUUCUCCUCAAUGCUCUCAAAGACAUGGCAGAUCAGGUCUCCCCAUCAGAACUGUGCUUCCAGUCUCUUUCCAUGUCCCUUGAUGCUCUUUAUACAACUUUUCUAAUAGACAGAGAAGUUGUUCUUUCAGCUCAGGAGAAGAUGGAUAUCCUGUGUAAAGCCAUCGGUACCAGAGGAAAGAAUGAAAAACUUCAACCUGAACUUGUAGGAGAAGCUCAGAAACAUUUACGGGCUUCGAUUUCACCGUCUCGGUUCAAAGUCAGCAGGAUGGAGCUGAGUGAAGCUCUGAGGAUCAUAGCAGAACUUACUCAGUCUUGGAAAAAUCAAGGACUUCUGAGUGUCUGUGAAGGUUCUUGCUCCUCCUACUCUACUUUCCUGCUGAAGCAAAGUGUCCAGAGGGUCCUCACUGCUCUGGAAGAAGCUCCCACCGCAGCGACGGAGAAGAACCAGCUCACGGCUUUGCUGAAAUCUCUGGUUCUUCCCGUCACAGAGAGCAGCCCUGAAGUGCAUGCUCAGGUCCUCUCCGCCAUCAUCACUCACCGCCUGGAAGACCACGAGAGCUUUGCCGCCUUGUUUGCUAGAGAACCGCCGUGGACGCAUUGUGAUGAAGGCUGGAUGGAGUGCCUGGAGAAGAACCAAGCUGCCUUCCAUCAACAUGAUGCCGUGAUCGGCCUCUCCACCACCCUGAUGAACAAACUACACACAGAGAACGCAGACGUCAGCCAGUGCAGGAAGCUGAUGAAAAUCAUAGCAGAUAUUUUCUCCAGCCUUUCCUUAGAAGACAUGAACAAAGCUUUGGCUUCCAUGUUGAGAUUGUCCAGUAAGGGCUUCUUUGAAUUCCCCGUUCCUUCUGCGGUGGCCGGAGGGUUUGAACAGGAGCUCAACAUGGCCUUCAACUGCAUCAUCCAAGCAGGAAGUGGAGCGCCCUCUGCUGCUCCUCAGGGGAACCUGACCACGGCCGUCUCACUCGUAGCCAGAGUGGCUUUUCAGAACCCAGAAGGCGCCUUACGCUCCUGCUGCCACUCAGCUGUUUUCAACAAAGGAGCAUUUCCACUGAUGGCAAAGAUCCUGCAGCAUCUGCCUGGACUCAGAGGUCAGAGGGGAGGAGAAGAAGACAGCGAGAGGAAUGGAGAGAAGAAUAGGACCUCUAGUCUGCUCUGCAGGUGCCUCCAACAGACGGUCAAGGACAAGUCCCUUUCAGCCAAUGAGAAGGAACAGUUCGCCAAGUUCUUGGGUCUGCUGAUGGGUCCAAACGCAGUGGACGAAGGAAAGGAACGCAGCUUCCUGUCACCUCAGGAGGUCGUGAACACCUUCGUCCUGCCUAACCUUUCAUCUGUAGGUUCUUCCUCCGUGGACGUGGAGUUGAGUCUGCAGCUUCUUCACACAGCUUUGUCCUUGCACGUCCAGCAAGAAACCUCCACCCCUCACUGGCUGAUGGACUGUUCUCCUUUUCCCCUCCUUUACGUUCUCUCUCAGAUCCACGACCAGAACCUCAGGUGUUGGGAGGAGCUACCCAAAGGCGGUGUACGUCUCUGCUCUAUGGACGCCAGGGAGCUUCUGGUGUCUGUGCUGACCACGGUGGGGCAGGCGGUGGGUGCAGAGGUGGAAGCCACCCCCAGCAGCUGGUCCAGAGCUCUCUUCUGGCUCUACAACAAACUGGAGGAGUUGGACUGGACGGUCCGGUUCCAUCUGAAGCCGUUGUGGGGGCAGCACUUUAAAAAUGAGGUGCCGUCAUCGUUGCUGGAUGUGUGCGAUCUCCCUGAGCAGGAGUGGUCCGGUUUGGACCUGCCUCAGUAUGGUCAGGGCACGGGUCUUCUGGCGUGGCUGGAGUGCUGCUCUCUGUCCGACUCGUUGCAAUCCACCAUGUUGUCAUGUCUGUCGCUGGACCAGCACCAGCCUGACCACGUCAACAUGUUCAGCAAAGGCCUGCUGGUGGGUCUGACCCAGAUCCUCCCCUGGUGCUCCGUCUCACAGUGGAGCAGGGUUCUGAGGGUCCUGAAGGAGCUGAUCAUCUCCAACCGCCUUAACGUCCCCUUCUCUUUGGAAUACGUGGAAUAUCUGCCCCUGCUGGACCUCCGGCAGUUCUCAUGCGAGCUCCGCGUGUCGGUUCUCCUGCUCCGGGUGUUCCAGCUGCUUUGUGGGUCCAGCUGCUCCCACUGGCUGUCCGCUGAGGGCUGGGCCCAUGCUGGCAGGCUGUACGCUCACGCAGUUAGGAACAUGUUGAGCUCUGUUAAAGCCAAGCUGCAGCUUCCUUCAGCGAGUGCUGCAACCGUCUCUGAGUCAACUCCUGCAGAACCGUCAGCAGAUCCAAACGCUCCCGUCAGUCUGCACAAAGACUCCAGCGUGAACGGGCAGGCUCCCCCAGAACCAGGACUCUCCAAAGAGGAAUAUGCAGAGAACAAAAGCCAGGAGGUCCUCUUCGUUCUCAGCCAGCUCUUCUGCCAUGUUCAACACAUCCAGGUGAUGAUGCCUGGAGGUCAGUGUGAACCUCUGUUCCUGUGCAGUCUGGAGAUCCUCAGUUCUUAUGAGGCCAUCAUGGCCGCCUUCCCCGACAGCUGCAGCCCGUUGGAAAGCGACAACACGCGGCACUUCUUCUCCACCAUCACGGACAACCUGCUCAACCAGGAGAUGAAGGCUGUCCUGCAGCAGAAGAUUGCUCAGCUGGUGUCAUCUGCAGCCUGACACUCCAAUGGACACUUGAAGACUCCAGCUGAUGUACCUGAACAGGUGCAACAAUGAGCUGCACUUGGGUCUGCUGUGAAAAGGAGGCCCUCCCCAACAUUAAAAUGUUUGUCAGAAUGAAACACAGAAGUCGGAAUAGUUUUGUUUUUUUCAUUUCACUUGGAUCAGUGCUUUUAUAAAUAAAGUUCUAAUAUCUACAAAAACAGUUUAUUUCCUUCUAAAAGUAAAAUCAAGAGAUUAUAUUAAAAUUCCAGCUAAAAAAAAAAA